GCAUGGUGUUGGUGUGUUUUGAGGGGGACAUUGACGGCUACAUCAACCUGUUGGCGUACCCGUGCGUGGAGAGCGAGAGUCUGGACCACGAGGAAGUACCGGAGAGGGACCAACCCCGGAGGAAACACUCCCGCCGGAGCCUCCACCGCUCCACCUCAGAGGUGAAGGAGGAGAGGCCACCGCAGGAGAGCGACAGCACUGAGAAGUGAGUAGGACCAGGGUUGUUUGUUCUUAUGAAAGGCUGGAAUAAUGUAGGUUGGCUAACUAGAGUGUACGCAUUGUCUAAAGUUUGCGGGAAGCUAAGCACAUUCUCACAUCAAAUUCAGUUUUUAUAAAUGCCAACUUUUGCGUGUGAACUGGCAUGUUUUGGUGUAUAUUUUGUACAUAUGCAUUGUUUCUAAAUGAGGCCCCUGGAGCUCCAGAUCCACACUGACAUGUUGUGGUGCUGUAGUUAACCUGUUUGUUAACCUGCGGUCUCUCUCUCUUGUGUUAACCCUGUUGUCCUAUGUGUUUUGUUGACCCCCCCCCCCCCUAGUCUCCAGGAGCUCAAGAGUCCUCGUCUUGAGUUACAGAUCCACAGUAACGCGUUGUGGUGCUCUGUUCCGUGUUUGUAUUUAACCUGUGUUGUCUGUCUGUCUGUCUGUCUGUUAAAUAAGUUGGACAUGUUUUAGUGUCCUGGGGUGCAUUAUUUGACCUAUGUGCUUUGUUGUGUGUCCCCCCCCCCCCCCCCCCUAGUCUCCAGGAGCUCAAGAGUCCUCGUCUAGAGCUCCAGAUCUACAGUGAUGUUCCCUUCCAGAUGCUGGAUAAUAACAGCGGCCUGGUCUCAGAGAAGAUCAGCCACAACCCCUGGAGCCUCCGUUGCCACAGGCAGCAGCUCACCCGCAUGAGAUCAGAGUCCAAGGACAGGAAGCUCUACAGUAUCCCCUUUAACAUCAACCUGUCUAGC